CCAUUGCAGGCAGCUUGAAUGCAGCAACUGCAUCCCUCUCUUUGAUUCCUGCCCAACUUUUUUCCUCCUCUUCUUCUCUCUCUUUCUCUCUGGCAUCAGUGGUUUUUGCAUCUCUUCUAGGAGUUUGCUGACUAAGAAUUCACAUCAGUGGCGCUGAGCUGGAGCCGGGGAAGAUUUUGGAAAAAACCCAAAGAGAGGAAAAAAGGCUUACAAGCCUGCUCUUGAAUCCUUUGCUCUGCAUCCUCACCUCCUCCUCCUCCUUUUCUUUGCAUCCCUCUCAACUUCAACCAGCUUUCUGCAACCUUGCUUUUUUCGGUUUGGCCUAGGACACUCCGGUCCCCCCUUAACCUCAAGGAGAAAACGAUGACUCCUGCCAGCAAUUCACGCCACAGUCUCCUCUGCGUUGCCACCUUGAUGCUGAGCUGCCCGCUGGCCUUUGCGCAGACCGGACGGAGGAAAGUUGUACAUGUCUCGGAGGAUGACAGUGGUGCCGUCGUGGUCCAAACGGCUCCGGGAAAAGUGGUCACCCACCGGGGCGGCACUAUCAUCCUCCCGUGCCGUUUCCAUUAUGACAUUUCGGCCCAUGAUCCGGAUGAGAUCCGCUUGAAAUGGACCAAGAUAGCCAGCCCCAUGUUCUUUGAGGAUGUCUUUGUAGCCAUGGGCCAGGAACGCCGGGCUUUUGGUGGCUACCGGGGCCGAACAGCCCUGCAGGAAGACGGUCCUGGUGACGCCUCGCUGAUCAUCCGAAAUGUUACCCUUCAAGACUACGGCCGGUACGAGUGCGAGGUGACCAACGAGUUGGAGGAUGAUGUGGGGAUGGUGAAGCUGGACUUGGAAGGGGUGAUCUUCCCUUACCACCCUCGCCUGGGACGGUACACUCUGAAUUUCCACGAAGCGCAGCAAGCCUGCUUGGAGCAGGAUGGGAUCCUGGCCUCCUACGAUCAAUUGCACGAGGCCUGGCUGGAAGGGAUGGAUUGGUGCAAUGCCGGAUGGCUGGAUGACGGCUCUGUGCAAUACCCCAUCUCUAAGCCCAGGGAUGAGUGCGGACGCAAGGACACCCCUGUUGGAGUGAGAAAUUAUGGCUACCGACACAAAGACGAUGACCAUUAUGACGCCUUCUGCUUCACCUCCAACCUGAAUGGGAAGGUCUACUUUCUCAAAACUUACCGCAAGCUGAGCUUUCCUGAGGCCGCUCAGGCGUGCAAGAAGAAUGGUGCCACGGUGGCCAAAGUUGGCCAACUCUACGCCGCUUGGAAGAUCCAACUGUUGGACAAGUGUGAAGCCGGGUGGGUUGAGGACGGAAGCAUCCGUUACCCCAUCGUCAAUCCCCGGCCGCGCUGUGGAGGCCGCGAACCCGGCGUCCGUAACUUGGGCUUCCCGGAUAAGAAGUAUAAACUAUUUGGUGUCUACUGUUACAAAGAAGCCAACAGUGGAGUGACCAAGAAAAAGGCCAAGGAGGGGACUGGAAAGUGGAAACCUUUCCAGGUGUAAACAAAAUGGCGGAAGGAACCUCUUCAGAUUCUUCCAUCUUCCAUCUCUCUCUCUUUCUCUCACUUUCCCAGUCUGGAAGGACUGGUGAGAUUUGUCAUGGUGUCCCCUUUGGGGAAGCCAUUGACCAUGUUUGGAAGAGACUGGUUGGGCAGUCAAAAACCAAGAGAGAAGGACCACCGUUGGAUUCAAUGGACUUGCCUGGAAUUUCUGGAAUGCCUGGGAAUCUGGGUUGCAUCCAGCUUGUGCUGAAUAGCCGCUACUAGCUCUUCCCCACUGUUUUUUAAACAUUUUUUGCUUGCCUGAUUCUUCUUCUUCACCAUUGUGGGAAGAGCAAAGGUCUUGGCUUGGCUUGCUGCGCAUUCGCUGCUGUACAUUAAGGCUGCAGGUAAAAGCUUAGCACCAGGCAAAGGAAGGACAGAUGGAGGCCUGGUUUUUUAAUUCCAGGCUCCACCGAUGUUCGGUCAUAAGGGCCAAAGGCUUUGUCCUACUUGCAUGAUUUGAGAAGGGAGGGCUGCUUCUUGGAAAUGCCCCAAAUGAAAAGCACAACCUGUUUGGAGAGACCUGCUCUUCUCUGUGUUACUCUUCAAGAGGUCAUUUUUUUGUACAGAUAGCCAAAUCUUCUCCACGUAUCGUUCUUUCUGCUCUCCAGCAGUGAUGUUACUAGGGUUGGCAUCACCCAGUGCCAUAACUCAUGGUGUCACUCCAUGGCCCUCUUCCCAUACUCGAGCAUACAUAAUCCUUAGUAAGGUUUCCAAAUGAAGCCCAGCCUCCCAUGAGAUGACAAUUCUCUCUCUUCCUCUCUCUGUCUAGAGCUACUCCCAACCCAUGCACACCUCUGAAAAUGUUGGGCUGUUCUUCCUGUCCCAUCCCUCUUUCUGUGCCUCAUUGGUUAUAAAUGCAGAAAAUGUGCAUAGAGGGUCACCCCUUCUGAUGGUGAAGAUUGUCACACCAGCGCUUACCGUGGGAUAAGUGCUGGUAAAACGCUGCUAAAACAUCAGGAAAGUGUGCGUGUGUGAAAG